UGACGGUUCGUAAAGACCCGUGCAUAGACUGCGCCACAUCCUCGACGCCACACUUAGAGGAACGUCAAUCCCAUCGGCCCCUUCGCGAUCCUCCUGGCCCUACACUGAAACACUCUCCAUCACCGCUGUGCCGCCAACCAAACCCUAAUAUUGAUAGCUGCCAUGCCUUGACCCCGUUGAAAGCGCCCGCGCAAAGCCUUCUUCUGCGACUUUCUAACACAUUUGCCCUCUUAGUUGUGUCACCUUGUAGCCUAGAUGCUGGAGCAGACGACUGUAAUAAAUUCUGCGAGGCGUAAGCUGCUCAUAUGUUGGACGAAAUUAAAUACCUAGUGGGAUUUGGCUUGAAGGAUGUUGUAGCUUGGGGUACUACUGGUCUUGUUGUCGUUUAUGAGCCGUCUAUGACAGUCAUCAAAACACCUCUCUACGACGAUUGUUCCGACCUUAUUUUGAGAGAACGGGAUAUCUACGAACGAUUUACUCAACUUGGAGGCCACCAAGGACUUCUCCGUUAUUAUGGAACUUUUGAUCGUGGAAUCAAACUGGAAUACGCGCCGAAAGGCAAUCUGCGUUUCUUUAGCAGCUAG